AAAAAAUCAUUUAAAUUUAUAAUUGAUAAGAAAUCAGAAGAAAAAUCAUUUAGGAUAUAUUUGACGUCAAUUGAAAAAUGUUGGUGUUCUGUUUCUGUGAAAAAUCAGUUUACAAUCGGUCGAUGUAAAAAUGUGUCAAAAUUCGCUGAUUUAGACCGAUAAAAACAAGAGACGAGCGAAAUAAAAAGAGAGUGAGAAAAAUAGAGAGAACAUCGGUGAUACCAUUGCUAAAGCAUUGCUGUGAUCACAUAACCGGCACCAAUUCUGAUUUCGACCACGUGUUUUAAAUUUUCGGUUGUAUUGGAUUACUUGGACAUCGGAUAAAUAUGGUGGAUGCCGGUUUUGUAUAUGAAUUUGUUCUGUAUUUCAAUUCAUUCUAUGUUUUCUUUUUGGUGGUUGUCGAGAUAAGUCUAUUUAUUAUCAAAAUGAUGUACUUGAAAAGCAAAGGUGAUGUACUGCGGGACAUUGGAAUUAUGCUGUCAACAUUAUUGCUCGAGGCAAUCCGAGUUCAUUUGGGAAGAAAGGGUUUACUGAGUGAACAUGGCUGGAAAGCGAUUAUUUCGGUUAUAAUGAUAUUCCCGUGUAUGGCCGGUAUUUGUUAUCUGAUUUUCAUGCAGGGAAUUAAAAUUCGUUUGGAAAUAUUCUUCUGCUAUGUGGAACUUUUGCUACAGUGCGUCCAACUUUUUUAUGCAGCGUUAUACACAGUUACCGCAUGUCAAAAUCGUUCAUACCAUCAGUAGCAUCGACACAAAAAUUCAUAUUUUGAACAUGUUCAAAAGUGCACUCAUCUCAUGAGAGUCGAAUAUCAUAGUAAUUUAACUCAGGGAAAACAAAGAGGCUAUCACUGUGUAUUACAGGGAACUUCAGGUUUACAAUCAUUGUCAUUCGAAAGUAAUCAUAAGAUAUGACAGAAAAUCAGUUUGCUGAUUCAAAUAGGUCGAAUAGAGUAUUUGGCAUCAGAGCCGUUGUCCGGUCAAGCAUUACUUCAAAAAAAAUUGUUUAAAGAAAACUGAAUUGUCUACCCUUAUCCAGAUUCAAUGUUUAUUUUUAUUUUCGAUAUUAAAAUUAUAACAAAUCUCGAUCAUUUUCUCCCAUUUUCGAAUAUCCUCUUCUUUUUUCCAAAUCAAUGCCGUUAUAUAAAAAAAAUGUUUCC